AUGAGGGACGCCUUCCACCAUAACGUGGGCGCCCUGCGCGCCGCUGUGCAGACUGGAUUCGCCAAGAAGACCUUCAUCUCCUACUCCGUCACCUUCGGCGACAGCUUCCGACAAGGCCAAGUUGUUGGGAUAGACCCCGAGAAGCAACAAGUCUUGCUGAGCGAUGGCGAGGAGCUUCACUACUCCCAUCUCAUUCUUGCAACGGGCAGUGACGGGCCAUUCCCUGGCAAGUUCAACAAAGUCAUUGACAUGGAAAGUGCCAUCCAGAGCUACGAGGACAUGAACAAGGAGGUCGAAAAGUCUCAGCGCAUCCUGGUCGUGGGAGGAGGUUCUGCUGGAGUGGAGAUGGCUGCAGAGAUCAAAACAGAGUACCCAGCCAAGGAGGUCACCCUCAUUCACUCGAAAAUGGCCCUCGCUGAGGUGGAGCUGCUACCCAGUGUCCGUCAGGAAGUGAAAGAGAUUCUCCUCCGAAAAGGAGUGCACCUCCUGUUAGGUGAAAGGGUCACCAACCUUGAGAAGUUCACUCCAAACUGCUUCCAGAAGGACACGGUGGUAAGGACAGAAAAAGGCACGGAGCUUACCGUUGAUAUGGUGAUCCUGUGCACAGGGAUCAAGAUCAACUCCUCAGCCUACGCCAGCGCGUUUGGGGAUAAAAUGGCAAGCGACGGUGCUUUGAGAGUUAACCAGCACCUGCAGCUGGAAGGCUACGAGAACAUCUAUGCCAUCGGGGACUGUGCGGACCUGAAGGAACCCAAGAUGGCCUACCAUGCUGGGCUCCACGCCAACAUCGUGGUGACAAACAUCGUCAACAGCCUGAAAAACAAGCGUCUCCAAGCCUACCGACCAGGGUCCCUAACGUUCCUGCUUUCCAUGGGCAAGGACGACGGCGUAGGGCAGAUCAACGGCUACCACGUGGGACGCCUCGUGGUGACCAUGGCCAAGAGCCGGGACCUCUUCGCCUACAAGAGCUGGAAGACCAUGGGGCAGCCGAUGCCCAACUAG